GUAAAGGUGUUCGGGGUUAUGGGGAGAAGGCAGGAGAAUGGGGUUGAGGGAAAGAUAGAUCAGCCAUGAUUGAAUGGUGGGGUAGACUUGAUGGGCCAAAUGGUCUGAUUCUGCUCCUAGAACUUAUGAACUUAUCUGCAGUUCUUGUGUAUGUUCAUGAAAUAUUGGGACAGACACAAGUGGCCGAGUGGUCUCUUAAUUCUCACGACACGGAACAUGAAUCCUCUGUUCCUCUCCGUUGACUUGAUACUGAGUAUUUCCGGCAUGUUUCGGCUUGUAUUCAGGUUUCCAGUGCUGGGAUUGUGUUACUGCCUUGACUGAGCGAGUGGCCAGCAGAGGUCGCCGGGCGGUGGCGGUAAGCGGCGAGCGGCGAUGUUGACUGAGUCUCCGCUUGUUCCCAGCUCUGCCCGGCUCACAUCAGCCUCCCGCCGCCCAGAACAAGGAGCCUGUCACCCCGCCGCUCCGCUCAGCCACUCUUGUCAGCCCAGUGCUCUGUCUAUCCCCUCCAGUGUCUCUCCACUGACACUUGCUGGGUGUUUGCUGGGACCGUCACACAUUGGGAUCACUGGGUCCGCUGCCCAGCCGAGAGGGAGGGAGAGAGAGAAAGGGAGAGAGACCUCGGGCGCUUCUGCUCCUCAAUGUGAAAGGGAUUUGUUGGCAGAUUAAUUGAGCAACCUGUUGCCGGCUGGAGAGAGGAGCGGGGCAGAAGGUGCCGACUCCUGGGCGGAGAGGGAGGCGGGCUGUACAGGGAACAUCUGAAGUUGGGAACGAGUGAACAACGAGCACAACUCGGCGAGGCCGGGCUGGUGGAGCCGAGAGGGAGAGAGACCUUGAAUGAGUCAAUGAAUGAAUGAAUGAAGGGAAUCGCCCUGGAUACAUCGAGGGCGACCGGGGGCGCUGCAGUCUUGUCCUUGUCCCGCCGGGAUCUCUAGCAGCGACAGACAGACAGACAGACAGCCAGCGCCUGGUGUCAGCUUCUGCCGGAGUUUAAGUGGCCGCGGGUUCGGAGCCUGGAAACGCUGCUUCCUUUCUCUCUCUCUCUCUCUCUCCCCCUUCCCCUCCCCUUCCCUCCUUGCCCCGGGAUCGAAUCCGGAGAAGGGCUGUUUGGAACAAACAUUGUGCUGCUGUUAUUUUUUGAUUCUGCUGUUGGUCGCAGUCGCACCCGCACCGGGAGGAUUUGGGACGGGCGGGUUUGCGAGGAAUCCGCGAUGCCGAGAGUGUCCGGGACGCUGCACUUUCUCUCCUUCUUCCUCCUCAUCGGCUUUGCUGCGGGUUCUAGACUACGUCUGGAAGAUGCGGCACCCCGGGUCAUCGAACAUCCCUCAGACCUGAUUGUAUCUAAAGGGGAGCCGGCCACGUUGAACUGUAAAGCAGAAGGUCGCCCCACGCCCAUCAUUGAGUGGUACAAGGACGGGGAGCGGGUGGAGACCGACAAGGAUGACCCGCGCUCCCACCGCAUGCUGCUCCCCAGCGGAUCGCUCUUCUUCCUGCGGAUCGUGCACGGCCGGAGGAGCAAGCCGGAUGAGGGCGUCUACGUGUGUCUGGCCAGGAACUACCUCGGAGAGGCGGUCAGCAGGAACGCAUCCCUUGAAGUAGCCAUUCUGCGUGACGAGUUCCGCCAGGCGCCCAGUGAUGUGGUGGUGGCGGCGGGGGAGCCCGCGGUGAUGGAGUGCCUGCCACCGAGAGGGCACCCGGAACCAACCAUCUCCUGGAAGAAAAGCAACGUCCACAUUAGUGACAAGGAGGAGCGGAUCACGAUCCGAGGGGGAAAGCUGAUGAUCUCAAACACGAGGAAGUCUGACGCUGGCAUCUACAUCUGUGUAGCCACCAACAUGGUGGGAGAAAGGGACAGUGAGCCGGCAGAAUUGGUCGUGUUUGAGCGGCCCACCUUCAUCAAACGUCCUGUAAACCAGGUGGUGCUGGCAGAUGACACGGUGGAUUUCCAUUGCGAGGUCCAUGGAGAUCCCAUGCCGACCACCCGUUGGCGCAAGGAGGAGGGAGAGCUGCCGCGAGAAAGAGUUGAGAUUCAGUCUGACAACAGCUUGCGGCUGGCACGAGUCGGCAGCGAUGACGAAGGAACGUACACCUGUAUUGCAGAGAACAGUGUGGGCAAAGUUGAAUUCUCCGGCACCCUGACUGUACACGUGCCUCCUCAGAUCAUCGUGAGGCCCCGCGACCAGAUCGUGGCCCAGGGCCGCUCGGUCACCUUCCUCUGUGAGACGAAGGGGAAUCCUCCACCUGCUGUCUUUUGGCAGAAAGAGGGAAGCCAGAUCCUGCUUUUUCCCAGCCAGCCACAUCCUUUGGGGCGUUUCUCUGUCUCGUCGAAAGGUGAACUGACAAUUACUGAUGUCCAGUCAGGCGAUUCUGGAUAUUACAUGUGUCAGGCGAUCAGCGUGGCUGGCAGCAUUCUGUCCAAAGCACUGCUGGAGGUGGAAGAUGUCUCUUCAGAUCGAACACCGCCCAUCAUCCGCCAGGGACCCGGCAACCAGACGCUCGGCGUGGAUUCCACGGCACAGCUCCAGUGCCAUGUGAUGGGCAACCCUCUACCCAGCGUGCACUGGCUGAAGGACGGACAGAGGAUCCUGGGGAACGACCCUCGGGUCAGCAUGCUGGACAAUGGGACGCUUCAGGUCACCAAUGUACAGGUUAGCGAUACAGGAAUGUACAUCUGUGUUGCCACAGGAUCGAGUGGAGAGACCACCUGGAGUGGCUACCUGGCGGUACAAGAAAGCGGGAGUCCUACACGUAUCCUCUCGGCUGAACCCGACCUUCUUCCAGGCCCUCCCUCCAAGCCAGUGAUCACCGACGUUACCCGCAAUAGUGUCACCUUGACAUGGCAGCCAAGCCAACACAUCGGAGGCUCGGCAGUCACAUCGUACAUCAUCGAGGCGUUUAGUCAAUCUGCAGGGAGCACAUGGCAAACAGUGGGCGAGUAUGUAAAGGUUGAAAAGCAUACAGUGACUGGUCUGAACUUCAACACCAUCUACCUGUUUAUUGUGCGUGCAGUCAACACCUUCGGCCUGGGAGAUCCCAGCCCCAUCUCUGAACCCGUCCGCACUCAAGAUGUGAGUCCGACUGGACAGGGAGUGGACCAUCGGCAAGUACAACGUGAGCUUGGGGAGAUGGCAGUCCAGCUACAGCCUCCUGUCACCUUGACAUCGACCACCAUCCAGGUCACCUGGACAGUUGAUCGCCAAGCCCAGUUCAUUCAGGGUUACCGGGUGAUGUACCGAACCAAAACUAGUGCCUGGCUGGUUCUAGAUGUGAAAUCCCCAGCUGAGCGCACCACCAUUCUCGUAGACUUGAAGAAAGGAACCGAGUACGAGAUCAAAAUCCGCCCGUAUUUUGACGAGUUCCAGGGAAUGGACAGCGACCCCGUCACUGUGCGGACACCAGAGGAAGCCCCCGCUGCCCCACCGCAAGCUGUUACCGUGGCAACUAUUGGCUUGAGUAACAGCACCAGUAUCAGCGUGUCCUGGGAGCCACCCCCUGCUGAGGAGCAGAAUGGAAUCAUCCAGGAGUACAGGAUUUGGUGCUUGGGAAAUGAUACCCGCUUCCAUGUGAACAAGUCAAUUGAUGGAACCGUCCUUUCAACGGUGGUCCGCGGACUGAUCGCCGGCGUGCUGUACCACGUGGAAGUGGCAGCGGCUACAAGCGCUGGAGUUGGAGUUCGGAGCCAGCCAGCGACUGUCCUCAUAAGUCUCCCUUCGGACCAGGAGUCAGUUCCUGUGGAGGACACAGAAAAUGUCAGCCUGGCGGAGCAGAUAACGGACGUGGUGAAGAAGCCGGCAUUUAUUGCUGGCAUCGGAGGGGCAUGCUGGGUCAUCCUGAUGGGCUUCAGCGUGUGGCUCUACUGCCGACGAAAGAAGAGGAAGGAGCUCAGUCACUACACUGCUUCCUUUGCGUACACGCCAGCAGUAGCAUUUCCACCCGCUGAGGGUGCAGGCAUCACCAAUAGCAGGCCAGGAAUCCUGAACGCAAAUGUCACCAACUACCCCUGGCUGGCGGACUCGUGGCCAGCUUCCAACCUGAUGCACAACAGCAAUGGAAAGGAAACCUCUGCCAGCUCCUGUAUAGCAAAACACGAAGCCACUGAACGGUUCUACAAUGAUGCCGGUAUUUCCAACUACAUUGCUCAGACGGAAAAGUUUGGCACAAUUACGUCUGACGGGCCCAUCUACAGCACCAUCGACUCCGCCAGUGACGAGUUGCGCACGUUCAAUGGGGCUUUCCCGAAUCAGCAGACCACGCUCUACGCAAGCACUCCCGUGGUGCCCCUCGGAGUCCAGAACCAGUACACAGCAGACCCUGUCAAUGGACACUGGGGUGCCCAGCCUGGACCUUCCAACACCCAGUAUUCCCAGCCCGAGCGCGGCCGACAAGAAGCCGGUGGGAAAACCGGCAAGCAGAAACUGAAUGCCAAGUCAGUGAAGGCCACACCUCUGAACUGGACAGACUUGCUGCCACCGCCACCACCCAGCGUGGAUAUAGACUCCUACGAUGAUGACGAGGAGCUGGAGUAUGGCCCUGGUGUUGAUGACUGGUGUCCCCCACUCCCUGAGAGAACCUACUUGGUGGAGGGGGCGAGUGAGGAGGAAGGUCCCCCUCCGCCCCCUCGAGGAGAGGCAUCAUCGCCGGCCACCUCCUACGGGCAACAGUCCACAGCGACACUAACACCAUCGCCUCGAGAGGAAGCGCGUUCAUCAGGGCACGGCGUGACUGAGGAUAUCCCAAGGCUUCAUCAGUUUGAGAUUCCACAUUUACAUCGGAGACUCCCAGUGGGCCCAGUCCCUCUGCCCAGACCUCCAACCCCUCCGCCAUCGCAGAGCCACUCAAGCGGGAAUGGGAACGAGGCUGCCACAGAGACAGCGGGCCCCCAUCGGCAUGGGCACAAACGCAACCCGAGCCAGACUAUGAUCAACAGCAGUGAGAACGUCAACGUACCUGGAGCAGGGAAGACAAGACUCACGCCUGUGAUAGGGGGCAGCAACAUAAACACCCCACCCAGCCAGAAAGCUCGUGCAAAAAAGAAAGCUAAGCAGAAUCCGUAUCGCCGGGAUAUCUCUCAAGGAGAUCUGCCACCACCACCUGAACCUCCCCCAGCUGAUGGAGUUGUGGAGACUCCUUACUUACAGCCCAAUGGAAUGGAGACCAGUGGGACCUCGCUUGACCAUGAUGGAAGUGCUUCGUCCACAGAGAGGAGGCCAUCAGCUGAUCAUCGAACAGAGAGCGCACAUCCCCACAGCAGGGCAGCAUCUUCUCGACACAAAAAUGAAGAUGAUUUAAUACCGUACAGCAAACCAACCUUUCUGCAACGGGGUCAAGUGUCAAGCAAUUGCUCCACAACAGGAAGCUCAUCGUCCAGAGGCUCAACUGGGUCACGGGGUCAUGUCGCAGGUCGAAGCAAAGGAGCAGGAGUAGACCGCAGUGAGGUGAAAAGAUGAACAGAAGACAGACACGUGCGAAAGAACCAAGCUGUGGGUGAGGACCUUGGCAGAAGCGUGUCCCCAUCUCCACUCUCAUCUUCCCAACCCUGUACAGAAUCAUUUGCCUUGUAGGAAAAUUCAAAGUUUGAAAUUUGAGAAAAAAAAAACUUUUAUGUUUUAAUUUAUGACAUCAGGAAAAUCCGUGUUAACUUUGUAAAUAAUCGGGAUUUUUUUGUUUUUAUUUGUUAUUAAACAUUUCCUGGCCUUCUGGUGAACGUAUUUAUAAAAAAAAAAGGAUAAUGUUGGAUAUUAUAAGGUAUUUGUCUGAAUGUGCCAAUCUUUUUCAAUAGCAAGUAUGCGUCUAACAGACUAAACUUAAAGUAAGUUAUAUAUUUGCACUCUGUAACAUACAUACAUACACAACGUAUUCUGGAUGCUUCAUAGGAUUCCAUUGGGCACAACAGGGCAGUCAUAUUGUGGAUUAUUGCUCGACUACGAAUUGGAUUAAUUAACCAUUGGCUGCGCAACCUAUGAAUGUUCCCAACUGUGUGCUGAGAUGAUGCUUUUUAGCGGACCGCAAUACUGAAGUGAAUGUGCAUUGGGAAGAGCCGUUAGUUUAUGCUUGCUGGGGAAAGUCCGUGCUGUUUGAAGAGGGGUCUGUUGGAGGCGGGAGGGUGGUGGCUGCUGAUAUAAAGUUUUAAUAAGAUGAAUGUAGCCUGAUAUUUUGUUGUAUUAAAAGCAUUUCGUACAAA